CCAAUUUAAGACCGUUGACAAAGAUACAUAGAGAGAGAGCAAGACCGCUUUCUGUAUCUGCAGAGCGAGAUAGCAGGUUCUUCUGACCACGGGCUUGGUGUAAAUUACCCAGCCCAUCUUUUAGACGUUAAACGCCGUUUGUCUGCCCCUCUCUCUCUCUCUCUUUGUGUGUGUGUGUGUGUGUUUAUGUGGGAGGGGAACGUGUGUGGACCUCCCUCUCUUGGAUCUACUCUCAUCAUCCCUCUCUCUCUCUCUCUCUCUCUCUCUCUCUCCCUGUCUCUCUUUAGUCCUGAGUAUUGAAGUGCGGCUCGGAGGCAGAGUAGUAUAGCUGUAGCGUUGACGGUUCCUUGUGGCGAAUUCUUUUCAAAAGCAACAUAAAAUGCAUCUCCUCUGCACGGCUGUGUGAACACAUUCCAGCAUAUUACCACGCAAAGAAAAGAGAGAGAGAGAGAAACAUCCCGUGCAGUUAAUGAGGAUUUGCUAACUGCUUUUUAUACAAUCAGUUGACAACGAGUAACUGAAGCUGAUCUCUUUUUAAGCUUCCUCCCAAAUGCAUCUACGCUAUUCGCCUCAACCAUCUCCUGUGAAGGUGGCAUCUCACCCCAAUCUGGGUAAUAAAGUUGGGACAGCCCACCCUGCAGCCUGACAAUGAUCUACUAAGUAAGGCAUCCCAAUGAAGAGGCAUUGACGGCAGAUCUCCUGAUCACUCUGGGGUUAGGGCUAUUCAGUGGCUAUUGGACCUUCCCAAGUCCCGGCUGACAAUUGAGCUCAACUCAACAGACCAAAAACAAAGCCAAUCUGAAGCAAGAUGAGGCGAGACUUUUAUUUGCCUUGUUUCCUGGCAUGCUUGAGCAUGGUCCACUGGAGUCACUCCGCCCUCAUGAGAAAUUCCACAAGCUCCCAGGUGUCAACUCGAUCUCGUCAUGGACUCGGUGUCAAAGGCCAAGUGCUUCACAGAUCCAAGAGGGGUUGGGUGUGGAAUCAGUUCUUUGUUAUAGAAGAGUACACAGGCCCAGACCCGGUGCUCGUGGGCAGGAUGCUGCCCGACUUGCUGAGCUUCCCUAGCACAAUUGGAACCUCUGUCAUUCAGGUCACAGCUACGGACGCCGAUGACCCAUCCUACGGGAACAGUGCCCGGCUCGUGUAUAGCAUUCUGGAGGGUCAACCUUACUUCUCAGUUGAGCCUCAGACAGGCAUCAUAAGGACAGCUCUUCCAAACAUGGAUCGGGAAGCAAGGGAGGAGUAUCUUGUGGUGAUACAGGCAAAGGACAUGGGAGGCCACAUGGGAGGUCUCUCUGGAACAACAAAAGUGACAAUCACCUUAACUGAUGUCAACGACAACCCACCAAAGUUCCCACAAAGUGUGUAUCAGAUGUCGAUCUCGGAAGCUGCUGAUGUAGGAACAAUCGUGGGACAUGUGAAGGCCAAAGACCCUGACAUUGGCGAGAAUGGGAUGGUGUCCUAUAGGAGCAUUGAUGGGGAUGGCAGAGAUUUCUUUGAAAUCACAACAGACUCUCAGACUCAGGAGGGAGUCAUCAAACUGAAAAAGAUAAAAUCAGUGAGCGGACAUUUUCAUCACAGUAUAUCCCCGAGUCUCACAGUUUGCUUUGUAACUCUACUGGUUAAUGAGUCAUUCCAUUUUCUUUGGCUCAGAUACUCCAUUGAACCACAGUCGUACCUGGACAGAGCAUUCACCAUCAAUGCACAGAACGGGAUUAUAAAAACCACAGAACCACUGGAUAGGGAGCUAACAGCCUGGCAGAAUAUCUCCGUGAUUGCAACAGAAGUCAAUAGCCAACUCCAGUCUUCACGUGCUCAAGUUGCCAUCAAAAUCCUGGACAUUAACGACAAUGCACCAGAAUUUGCUAAACCUUACGAAGUGGAUAUGUGUGAAAAUGCAAAUACAGGAAAGCUCAUCCAGACAAUUCAUGCUGUGGACAAAGAUGAAAGUGCAAAUGGGCCAAGGAUGACCUUUAGCAUAGCUCCGAAUCCAAACUUCACAUUAACGCAGAGCACAGGACACACCGCUGACAUCAAGGUUCACCGAGGGGUGAUAAGCCGGCGGAAACAGGAAGUCUACCACUUGCCGGUGGUGAUUUCAGAUGGAGGGCUCCCCGUCAUGAGCAGCACCAAUACUCUCACCAUUCGGGUGUGCAGCUGCAGUGCUGAUGGGAGUGUACAGUCAUGCAACGCGGAACCCCUGACUCUGCCCGCAGGCCUAAGCACUGGAGCACUGAUUGCCAUCCUCACCUGCAUCAUUAUACUGCUCGUGAUCGUGGUUCUGUUUGUGACAUUGAGACGUCAGAAGAAGGAGCCUUUGAUCGUGUUUGAGGAGGAGGAUGUGCGCGAGAAUAUUAUCAGCUACGACGAUGAAGGAGGAGGGGAGGAGGACACUGAGGCCUUUGAUAUCGCAACACUGCAGAACCCAGAUGGGCUGAAUGGCUUCUUACCCAGGAAGGACAUCAAGCCUGAGCUCCAGUACAUGCCCAGGCAAGGCUUCUGCACGGCUCCCAACAGUGUGGACGUCGACGACUUCAUCAAAGUCAGGCUGCAGGAAGCUGACUGUGACCCCACCGCCCCUCCCUACGACUCCAUCCAGAUCUACGGUUACGAGGGGAGGGACUCAGUGGCUGGAUCCCUCAGCUCUCUGGAAUCGGCCACCACUGAAUCUGACCUGGACUAUGAUUACCUCAACAGCUGGGGACCCCGGUUUAAGAGGCUGGCAGAGCUGUACGGAUCAAAAGAAACCUGCGAAGAAUCUUAACACUUAGCCGAGCAGCCUGGCCUUAAAAUUCUACAUCAACCUUUCGAAAGAUGGAAUGCUGGACUAAACUUUGGUGGGAUUGGACAGAUUUACAUUCCUUUUUUAUUUUCAUUUUUCUCCCUCCCCUUUUUUUAUAUAUAUAUAUAUAUAUAUAUAUAUAUAUAGUGCUCAAUUAUAUUGAGUGCAGGAACUGACAUUAAUGACAUUGGUUUAACUGUUGAAGGACAAUUUUAUUUGUUGAAGGUGGAUAACUGUGAAAUAGGCUCAUCUGAUGCUAGGUCAUCGCUGUUUUCCACAUCCUGCCGUCUCAUUCUCUCGCUCAUAACCACAUCCAAAACAAAUAGAGAGAGAGAGAGAGAAAAAAAAAGAUGAAGCUGCUGGUCUUCGUCACAAUUGCCCUGAGAUGGUUUCAAAACGAAAACCUGGGAGAAAAUGUGAUUUAACCUGUAAGAUUAAGCUUUAAAGGAGCAAUGAGAAACAAAAAUCAAAUCAACAGCACAUUUUCGGGCAAUCCAUGUGGAAGGAGGAGAACUAAGAUAAUUUUUGACAGGACUUUGUGACUUUUGAGACACAACACAUGUUGUCGGGCCAGUGGAGAACAAGACAGUUUGAAUAUUGAGCCUUAAGUAUUGAAUUUAGUUGCUGACAACACCUUUUAAAUUUGUGAGAAUGUUCUCUGUGGUACAACUUGCAGGCACAAUGAGAGGUACAAGGGGCCAUGUACAGAGCUCAUUUGUCUUUGCAAGUAUGAAAGAACAAGACCUAUUCCUGUUUAAAUCUUGUAAACCAUUUUUUUUGCUUUAAGUAUUGUGUUUAAUAUGUGUCAGGCACUGACCUGUCCCAUCACAGUGAGAGAUGCCUGAUUUCUAUGUCAUUUCUAUGUGUCAAUUUGUACAAUCUUAAAAGUUCUUAUUUUAGUAAAAAAAAAAUUACAUGAAGUCUCAAAAAUAUGACAUGCAACAAAAUGUUAAGGCAUCACUAUCCUAUUUUAUGGACAUUGUACUGUUGCUUUAUUAUUGUGCUUCGGGCAGAGAAGCCGGACUUUACAAUAAAAGAAUUUUUCUACAA